GUCCAGACCCGGACAGGGACCAGAGCGCGGCCGCGGCUGGAGGUUUCUCCCCGCUGCUAGGAGUUCCGGCCAUGGCCGUGACUCAGACCUGAGAGCCCAGGCAGGACUCUGGAGGUCUUCCUGGAAGAAUGGUCCCUGGCUGGGCCUUGAAAGUAGCUGGAAGUGGGGGACCUACGCAGGGACACUCCAGGAGCAAAGGAGAAUGGGGAGCACCCCAGCCUGAGUUGACUCCAGGAGCAGCUGCCACCCACCUCCCCUCUCCCGCUCUGCCCUCGCCUCCAGCCAUGGCGCCCCUGCUCGCCCUGCUCCUGGUGGCUCUGGUGGGCCUGCCUCUGGCCCAGGCCCUGGACUGCCACGUGUGCUCCUACAAUGGGGAGAACUGCUUCAACCCGAUGCGCUGCCCAUCCAUGGUCACCUACUGCAUGACCACACGCACUUACUACACCCCGACCAAGAUGAAGGUGAGCAAGUCCUGCGUGCCCAGCUGCUUCGAGACCGUGUAUGAUGGUUACUCUAAGCACGCAUCCACCACCGUCUGCUGCCAGUAUGACCUCUGUAAUGGUGCUGGCCUCGCCACCCCAGGGACUCUGGCCCUGGCUCCCAUACUCCUGGCCACCCUCUGGGGUCUGCUCUGAAACCCUGGCCCUCCCCCCCAUCCCCAGCCCCCAGCCCCUCUGGAGGACAGAGCUGUGAGAGGCACACCCCACCUCCCAGGUGCUGUCCCUGAGAACCCCUCAGACACACCCAGAACUGUCUGCAAGAGGACGCUGGACCUCCCCCAACCACCUUUCCCCCAGGCCAUGACCUUCCCAUUUCAAAAGGCCCAUGUGGGACUGGGCCUCCCGGAGAGGUCUGGCCUUGGUGGAAGAGCUUGGUCUGCUUGUCCCAGGAUGGGACAUCCAGCAAAGCAUUCUUUUUGAGGGGGGUCCUCAGUCGGCCAAGGAACACUGAUUUGCAGGGAGGCAUGCCUGCCCUUCCUGGCAGCCCUGGGCGCAGGUGUGGCAUGAGGCCCAUGUGAGGAAGACCUUUGUUCCCAGCUGUCCUAGGGAGGAGUGCCAGGCAGCCUUGGUGUUAGAUAGGACAAGGGACUCAGGUCUGAGUGGUUUCUACUAAAUGCUAUUGCUAAAUGCUAAAAUGCAGUAUUUUGCAAACACAGUUAUAACUGGAUGAGCUUGACCUGAGCCAUAACCAGAUAAGUUUAGCUAACUUACAAAGAAGAAAUGAACAUGUAAUUAACCAAAUAGUGUAUGUAAGCAAUGGCUAAGCCUCCCUUCAGGGAGACAGCUUUGAACGUGAAUCCCCUGUCUCCUUUGUUUGUCAAGUAAAUAAAACUACCUAAGGACUA